UGUCAAAUAUAAAUGUCCUUGAACAUAGGCUGUUAUUUUUCUUAAUAGUUAUUUAAUGACCAUUAUUGAUUUAUUUUAUAAAUAUGUGCCGACAAAUAAAAUGAUAAAAACGUCAACUAAAUAGCAACACAUUUAAGGGGGGUCAGUAUACGUUUCCUUAGGAUAUAGACCAAUGAAAUUUUUAAUGGAGAAAACAUGGACAAAUUAAUUAUUUUAUCACUAUUUCAUGGAUUAUUUACAAUACUAUCAGUGGAAGGAUGUAUCUUGCCUCUCUCAGCUGGGACAUGGGUAUCAAGCACACGCGGCACGUGGACGGUGUCAGAUGAUGGUACCUUUUCUACCAUAUCUAACUUUAAAGCUGACCUUUCAAGGUCACUUACUACAGUCACGCUCGACUGUAAAAGUAGUUCCGGGACGCAGUAUAUUCUCGGAACGAGGUUUGAAAUAUUUUUCGCUGUCUUUAUUGAUGUGUACACAUGUUUAGAUAUACGUACAACAGCAGUGUCUCCCAACAGUUAUGUGUACUAUAUUGUCACGCCAACGGAAUCGAACACAGGCGAGCGAUUCACAAGCGAUAUAAGUAGCGCAUGUACAAACUCGAACUUUGAGACUGCCAUUAAUACACAUAUAGUUCUUCAAAGUGGUUCCGAGACAGCCGCCGGCGUUAACUAUCCCGAUGCUAUUCUCGGGAACUAUACCGUCGAAUAUUCCGACAUAGAUGGCAACACAGUCACAGGUUCGGACAUGGACUCCUGCGACAAUAAGACUCUUAUGGUUUUCAAUAAUGCAGACUCAAAUACAAACCUUGCUUUUACUAGUGGUAAUAAUCUGCUAGCCUUACAUUACGUCACAUCCGGCUCGAGUGUUUACGUGCACACAUAUAAUACCGACGCUACUGUUUCAAAUCCAACGACAUAUAGUAUAGCAUGCUGGGUAAUCGUGAGUUCGAGCAGCCAGGUGAAGGCUACUGUGUACCCUAAUGAAUGCGUUCAAGGUCAAAGUUCAACAUCAGUCCCUUACGGUGGACAGAAGUUUGUGUUAACUCCACAAUGUGAGUACAUGUACUAGUACCCAAAUGGCAUACUAGAAAUGGACAUAGAAUUUUAGAAUAAAGCAGUAAACAAUUUCAA